GAAUCAGCCAUGAGUAAAACAUAUAGCAGAUGACCAUGCGAAGUGGACACCCGGAACGGUUGAUUUUAUCAAAUAAUAAUAGCUUAGCAGCAGUAGCUCUUAGUGUUUAAGUGUCAAAAUAAGACACUGCUGAAGUAUUUAACGUUACUCACUGUAUGUACAUUCAACUUAAGUAGAAUCUGCAAGGAUGGAUCUUUGACGGGGAUUAAAGUUUAUGUUUGCCUUCAAACUCCUACUCAUAAACUGCAACUCUUCCGGAUUACUGCUAUAGUCUUCUGAAAAGUCUGUCCUGGUCUCCUCGUGAGAGGCUGUCAUCAUGGCAUCGGCCAAGCUUAAGUACCUCUCUCUUGGGGUCCUGGUGUUCCAGACCACGUCCCUGGUGCUGACCAUGCGUUACUCGCGCACCUUACAGGGCGACGGGCCGCGUUACCUCGCCUCCUCUGCCGUGGUGGUGGCAGAGUUCCUCAAGAUCCUCACCUGUGUGGGGCUCGUCUUCAAAGAUCACAGUUACAGCGGCCGAGCACUGAGCAGUAUUCUGAGACAGGAGAUUCUACACAAACCUAUAGAGACGCUGAAGCUGGCGAUUCCUUCUGGAAUCUACACGCUACAGAAUAACCUGCUCUACGUAGCGCUGUCCAACCUUGAUGCAGCUACCUACCAGGUGACAUACCAGUUGAAGAUCCUGACCACAGCCCUGUUUUCUGUGUUUAUGCUGGGCCGCAGGCUCGGGGUGUACCAGUGGUUGUCUCUGCUAAUUCUUAUGGCUGGGGUUGCACUUGUACAGUGGCCAGCGGACUCCACGUCAGACCCUCAGAAAGAGCAGCCGACUGCAGGCUCACAGUUUGUGGGGCUGAUGGCCGUGUUGGUGGCCUGUUUCUCCAGUGGGUUUGCUGGCGUCUACUUUGAGAAGAUCCUUAAAGAGACCAAGCAGAGUGUUUGGGUCCGAAACAUCCAGCUUGGCAUGUUUGGCCUGGUUUUUGGGAUCUUCGGGAUGUUGGCAUACGAUGGAGACAGAGUCCAAGAACACGGAAUGUUCCAGGGCUACAACACGCUGACCUGGAUUGUGGUUGCUCUUCAGGCUCUUGGAGGACUCGUAAUAGCUGCUGUCAUCAAGUAUGCUGACAACAUACUAAAAGGGUUCGCUACAUCACUCUCAAUAAUCCUCUCCACAUUCAUUUCAUAUUUCUGGCUUGAGGACUUUGAGCCUACUAGCGUGUUCUUCCUGGGCACAGUAUUUGUCAUGAUGGCGACGUUUCUCUAUGGUUAUGAGAACAAGCCGGCGACCAACCCAAGCAGAGCAUGAUAAAUGGAUGGAUGAUGUGAAAGUGGAGUGGAACAAAGGGAUGAAACGAGUGGAAGGACGGAGAAGAGGAGAGGAGGCGUAGAGAGCGGACAAGGAUUGAUUCAAGGUUGGAUAACAAGCUGGGCCACUGCUGUGCAGUGCUGAGCUGAAGCACACUGGGUGUAAUGCUUUGGGCCUGUGGUUUCAGUGAAACUCGUUUAGCUUGAAAACAUUCAUCAUCGCUAAUCUCAUUAAUGGGUGAUGGAUAAAAACACUUCAUAACGUGCCAUCUUCAACUGAUUCUGGAUGAGCUGAGACCUUUUUUUGGAUCAUGACUUGAGCACAGAACUCGUUUGGCUCUUCUCAAUCAUUAAUAUCUGUCCAUCUUUGAGGGGCAAUGGCUGCUUUUGGAUCGCUAAUUCGCCACAAAUGAAACUUGAAUCUCGCAUUAACUCGCCAAUGGAUAUUAGGCUACUAAUGGGGUCGUUGCAUCACUGUAUUUUUGUGUCAUUAUUCAAACUGCUUACGUCCUACAAAAAUAUAUUUUAUGUUAUUUUAAUAGACUGGGAUGCUGGGUUAGAUUCUGUGCCAUAGAAAUUGAGAGAAUGGCAUACAUUUUGUGAAUACGAUGGAAACGUUUUGAUAUUAUUAUAAUGAAAUGAUAAUAACAAGACUUAUGACAA